AUGAUAACAAAUCAUCCUGCUUAUCCAACUAAAGAAAUAGAUAAAUAUUAUUUAUAAACUAAAUUACCUGAGUAUUUAUAAAAUAUUCAUUUAGAUAUUAAACAGUUCCAACUAAUAAUCAUUAAAAGAAAACUCAUGAUUAUUAUAAUGAUAAUACCCAUAUUUGGAACAAUCCUCAUUAAACCAAAUCUAAUGCAAAAAUAUUUACUUAAUUAAAAUAAUAAUAAUAAAGAGGAGAGAAAAGAAUUAAAACAAUGCUUGAACUUUAAUAAUAAGAUAAAUAUGAUUUAUAGAAGAACAAAAUCAUUUAUUAUAAUCUUGCAAGAGAUGAAGAUUUAAAUAGAUUGUAAUAAAGAAAGAUUGAAAGAGGAAGCCUUUAAAGUUUAAGUUAAUAAUAAAAUGAUGUUUAAAUAGACAAAAUUGUUUUAAAACCUAUCUUAUCAAAAACUGCACUUUUAGGUAGGCCAGAUCAUUUAUGGAAUAAAUUAAAUUAAUAAUCUUAAAAACAAAUCAAUCUUCUCAUUAAUCCUAAAAUUCUUAAAAUGGAAGAAUAAGGAGUAAUGAUUAUUAGUGAAAAAAUUAAGAAAGAUCUGCAAAUUGAACAUAUUAAAGAAGAUUUGAGACUGAAAAAUAUGGAUUUUAUUAAACAGUAAAGUACUCGUCGAAGAAUUCUUAAUCUUGAAUUAGAAAUUAGAAGUGGAAUAUCACCUUCAAGAUAAAGUUUUUAAAGAGGAACCACAGCAUAAACUAAAUAAUCUAAAGAAAUUAUUGAAUCAACACUUCAAUAAUUAGAAAAACAAUAAUAUUCUUAAACUUUAUAAUAAUUUCAGAAUCAAAUUCUAACUUCAACUAUCAAAAAUUAAAUUAUUAGACCAUAUACUGUAGGAAGUGUACUAAAUUAAGAUUUCAAUUCUAUCUCAUUUAAUACUGCUUAAACAAUAACAAAUGAAUCAAAAUAAAUCCCCUAGUCUAACUAACCAUAAAUCUCUCCUUUAUUAAUUUUAAGUAGGUAUUGCUAAUUUUAUAUCUUAGUUAAAAAUCUAAAUCUAAUUCUACAUUAUCCUAUAAACAUCCGCUUGAUAGAACUGAAUAUAAGGGUUUAUUAUUAUGCUAAGCAGUAGAAUAGACAGAAAGUAAUUUCAGUAGAACUUUAUAAGCCAAUAGUUCUUUGUUAAAGGAUACUUCGAUUUAUUUAAAUAAAAGUAAAUAAUAGAUGCAUCCUAAAAAAAGAAGAUAAAUUAAAUCUCUCAAUCUUCAAAAUAGCUAAAAGAAAAAUGAUUCAAAUGAUUUAAAAAAUGUAAAUAAUAUGUUGGACAGUUUUGAAAGAAAAUUAUAUAAAUCUCGUAAUUUUGAUGAGGAAUGA